AUGGACCUUCUCACACCAUCUGUAAUAACACACUGUAUGAAACUUCUCACACCAUCUGUAAUAAUAACACACUGUAUGGACCUUCUCACACCAUCUGUAAUAAUAACACACUGUAUGAAUCUUCUCACACCAUCUGUAAUAAUAACACACUGUAUGGACCUUCUCACACCAUCUGUAAUAAUAACAACAACACACUGUAUGGAUCUUUUCACACCAUCUGUAAUAAUAACACACUGUAUGGACCUUCUCUCACUAUCUGUAAUAAUAACACUGUAUGGACCUUCUCUCACCAUCUGUAAUAACAACACACUGUAUGGACCUUCUCACACCAUCUGUGAUGAUAACACACUGUAUGGACCUUGUCUCACCAUCUGUAAUAAUAGUAACACACUGUAUGGACCUUCUCACACCAUCUGUGAUGAUAACACACUGUAUGGACCUUGUCUCACCAUCUGUAAUAAUAAUAACACACUGUAUGGACGUUCUCACACCAUUUGUAAUAAUAAUAACACACUGUAUGGACCUUCUCACACCAUCUGGAUUUAG